GUUUCCCGCUGAAGGGACUGGCUCCAUUCCGACCUCCCCCACUCCCUUUCUCCUCCGCCUCCUCGCUGCUGAGGCUGCCGCCUCUUCCCGGAGCCCUGCCGGAGUGAUGGGCUGCAUCGGAUCCCGCACUGUGGGAAACGAGGUGAUUGCAGUAGACUGGAAAGGACUGAAAGAUGUGGACCAAAUCAAUAUGGACAGCACCAGUUCACUGCAUGGCAGCAGCUUCCAUCGACCUUCCACUGAGCAAACACGGACAGAUUUUUCCUGGGAUGGUAUCAAUCUCUCCAUGGAAGAUACGACCUCCAUCCUCCCCAAACUGAAACGCAACUCCAAUGCUUAUGGGAUUGGGGCUUUGGCUAAAUCAUCUUUGUCUGGCCCCUUAGGGAUAUCUCGCAGCAUGAAGGACCAUGUCACAAAGCCAACAGCUAUGGGCCAAGGCCGGGUGGCUCACAUGAUUGAAUGGCAAGGCUGGGGCAAAGGUAACAGCCAGCAACAGCAGCACACGCAUGAGACAGCACGCAAAGACGCUGAUGCCUACUCAGAUCUGAGCGACGGUGAAAAGGAAGCCCGGUUCCUUGCAGGAGUGAUGGAACAGUUUGCUAUUUCUGAGGCAACUCUCAUGGCCUGGUCCUCCAUGGAUGGUGAGGAUGUGAGUGUAAACUCAAACCAGGAGAACCCAGCAGGCAACUACUCUGAGAAUUAUCAAGAGCUAAUGGAAAGCCAAGAGCAUAUGGCCCAGACGCAGUAUGAUAGUUGGCCUCACUCCUACGUCUCACAGGGCAUGUAUUGCUUAGGUUCAUCCGAUGCCUGGGAGACCAGUGACCAGUCCCUCAUUGCUUCCCCAGCAACUGCCUCCUACUUAGGCCAGAAUUUUGAUGAAUCCCAGACAAACCUUCAGGAAAGCAUUUUGAUUCAGAGCAGCCUUCUCCAGCAGCAGCAGCUGCAGCAACAGCGGCAGGAGCAGAACUUCAUCCAGAGCACAGGGCUGGUCCACGUGUGGCCCCUGCAGACUGCUCAGUGUGGGGCAGAGUCCAGCACGUACAUGGAGGACCACAUUGAGGAUGAAGGGAACCCACAGCUGGAGAAGGCUCCUCUCCUAAACAAGAAGCCAUCUCCAGAGGAGGAUGAUGCAGUGUGCCGGGACCUGGAAUCGCUGUCUCCUCGAGAGGAGAUGGAACAUGCUGCACUGAGCCGCAAAGUCUCAGAUGUCACCUCCUCUGGGGUGCAGUCCUUUGAUGAGGAAGAGGGGGAAACAAACAACUGAUGCUUUCUGUGAAGUUCUUAUCACUGCUGAACCAAGAAAGGGGUGGCAAGGGAUGAAAUUACAGGGAUUCUCCAGCUCCCCACACUUCUGAGCAGACACAUAUUCCCUUCCUGACAUUGAAUUAUUUUUUUAAACAAGAGGAAAAUCUCAACGUGAUGGACACAUGAAGACCUUUCCUUCCCCUCUACCAUGGACACACGGUUUUGAUUUUCAUUGCUCUGGGCAACACGUGAGGUGCUUGGAGAGGUCUGGAUUGGUAAAUAAUUUCUAAAUCUUUUUAAUACAAAGUCUUGACUGUGGAUACAAACUCUUCUGGUACUGGGGAUGUUGCUGACGAAACAGACAUGGUAUAGAGAGCAGCUGUGUGGCUAGAAUCCAUCUUGGCAGAAUGGAUGUUGCUCUGUGGACAUGGUCCCCUUUGAUAGAAUAUAUGAGUAUAAACUGGUUUAAAAUGAAGAUAUGGCUUUACAAAUAUAGAUUGCACUAGUAUUUUGAUUGUGGCUGAUACAGAGGAUAAGGCUGUAUUUGAUACAGACUGUCCUGAGGUGAAAGAUUUGCUGGGUAACCAGAUCCUCAUUAGCACCUUGAUAUGAAAUUGUAGGCUCGAUGGAUACAAACUGCACGCUGUGGGCACGGGUUGUGCUGCAGUACAGAUGUUGUAGCUGUGUGCGCAUGGCUCUGCUGUGGCAUGGAAGAAUGGAUGCAGAUAUGAAUCUAACCCUGCUCUCAGAUAUUCGUGCUUUGGUCUCUUUCAUUUAAUUGUUUCUUCCCUUGAAAUUUCUACCUUCCCAGGAGCUGCAGGAUCAGUGUGUCCUUCUGGCAUUGGGCACUUGAUGCCAGUGGAAAGGACUUUUUCAGCUAUGGAGACAGUCAUAAAACCUAAGUCUUAUAGGGGCUUGAGGACAUGUCCAUCUUGGUGCUGCCGCUGUUGUAUCCUUCUGUCUUUUCCCUUACCAGCAGUAUGGGGAGACCUAGAGAACAGGCAGCAGAUCCAGAAGCAGUGUGUACAGAUAUGAGAUCACAGAUAUCCAGUUUACAUUGGAGUUUUCAGUUUUGGGGUUUGUUUUUAACCUUUUUCUAUUGCUGCAUAAGUGUUCCUAACAAGUUAAUAGUGGGAAUGACCUGUACUCGAGUCAUCACCUAAUAGAGAUACUGCACCUUUCCCAUUUCUGCCUGUCCUCUGCAGUGCCAGUAUAGCUGGAAGAAAAAGGAGCGAGAUGAAGUUUUCUCCUCCUAUUUAUUUCUUCUUCCUGCUAUAUUUUCUUCUUUCGUUUUCCUACCCCCAAGCAAUAUGAAUAAUGCUCAGUACUUGGUCUGUUUGUUUUUCCGUUCCAUCUCCUUUUUAGGACUGGAGAGAGCUGAUUUCAGCUGUUUUACCUAUUUGUACAGGUUCUAUUUUUGGUUGUUGUUGUU